AUGAUUGCAGAGUUUGAUGUGAUUAUGCAAGAUCAUGUUAGACACAUUCAGGAUCGUGAAAUUCAUUAUCAUUAUCUUGGACAUAAAAUUCAAAAUGAGUUCAUUUCCCUUUUGUCUCAAAGUGUGAGAAAUUCUAUCAUUAAGAUCAUUAAAGAGGCUAAAUAUUUUUCCAUAAUUCUUGAUUGUACGCCUGAUGUGAGCCAUCAAGAACAAAUGACCCUCAUAGUUCGAUGUGUUAAUAUAUUAAAUAACAAAGUUAAAAUUGAGGAGUUCUUUUUGGAGUUUCUAAAAGUGGAUGAUACAUCUGGAUUAGGACUCUUUAAUGAACUACAAAAUGUUUUGAAGUCUCUUGAUCUUAAUGUUGAUGAUGUGAGGGGACAAGGUUAUGAUAACGGUUCUAAUAUGAAAGGAAAGCACCAAGGUGUUCAAAAAAGAUUUCUUGAAAUUAAUCCAAAAGCAUUAUACAUGUCUUGUGCUUGUCAUAGUCUAAAUCUCACUCUUGGUGAUAUGGCACAUUCUUGUGUUAAAGCUAUUUCUUUUUUUGGAGUUAUUCAACGCAUAUAUGCAUUGUUUUCGGGUUCUACAAAGAGAUGGAAAAUUUUACUUGAUAAUGUUCCUGGAUUAACUGUGAAAUAUUUAUCAAAUACUCGAUGGGAGAGUCGAAUUAAAAGUGUCAAAGCUAUUAGAUUUCAAUGUCCCCAAAUAAGAUUGGCUUUGUGUAAAUUAUAUGAAUCUUGUGAAAAUGAUGCAAAGUCAAAAAGUGAAGCUGAAAGUUUGGUGAAUGCACUCUCAAGUUUUGAGUUUUUGCUUGGUGUUGUGAUUUGGUAUGACAUUUUAUUUGCUGUUAAUAUGGUAAGCAAGAAAUUACAAUCUAAGUCUAUGUGCAUUGAUACUACCAUAAGGCAAUUAGAAGGUGUGAUGUCUUACUUUGAAAAAUAUAGAGAUGAAGGCUUUACAACUAAUAUGAAUGUAGCUAAAAAUCUUGCACUUGAAAUGGAUGUGGAGCCUAUCUUUCCCACAAAACGUUGUGUGAUUAGAAAGAAAUUUUUUGGAGAGAAUAACGAGGAUAACGAAGUUGAAUCGCCUGAAGAGUCAUUUAGAGUCAAUUAUUUUUUGGUUGUGGUAGAUAUGGCAAUUGCUUCUUUGAAUAAUAGAUUUGAGCAAUUGAAGACAUUUGAAAGUAUUUUGGAUUUUUAUAUGAUUCAAAUAAGUUAA